AUGGAAAAUGGAAAAUGGAAAGCAAAACAACGUGUGCCGAACGACAGGCAGGAGAGUGAGCGAGCGAACGAGAAAGCGAGUGAACGAGUCGGUCGGCGAGUGACUGGCACCGCUCGUAGCCCCGUAGAGUCGGUAGCGCGGGGUCUCAAUAAGCUGGGAAAUGCGAAGCAGGCGCGGGAAACGGUGAUCGAGAUAAGGGAAAAACUUUUUAACAAAUUUGUUACAACUGUUUUGGAUGAGGUGUCCCAGGGUGUCCAAGAAUUCAACGACAUACCAAAACGUAGAGAAUUGACCUCACGCGCUGUGGCUUGUGUCACACUUGAACAAAAUAAAAAUAACUUAUUCAAGAAACCUUUGUUUGUGGAUUUAACUAAAGAUGAAAACUCAUUCAAGACACCUUCAAUGGUGGAUUUAACUAAAGAUGAAAAAGCUGAAGACAAUCGAAAGAGUAUCCUUAAAAAUGAAAAGUCUAGGAAAUCGAUUCUGGAACUAUCAAGAGAAGGCGAUACUAAUGGGGCUUUAAAGAAUAUUACUAUUAGAAGGAAAAAUGUGUCACCAGUCACCAAGCAUACUGAAUGGAUACAUAACUUAAACAAACGAUUUGACCAAAGUGGACUUCAAAAGAAAUUGAAAAUUAAUGAUGAAAAAUUGCGAGCUCAAGUUCUUAGUGACAAAAAUAAAGUAUUUGAUGAAAUUAUCAAUGAGAGAUUAUUGAAAACAGCUGCAAAUAAAAGAAGUUAUAGAUUUAGUGGAGAGAAACCACUUGAGGUCGAAACAGUUCAUGCCAUGGACAGUUUUUUCUUAGUCAAUCUUCGAACUCGUGGUUACAGUUCCGUUCGUAGAUGGACAAGAAAAGUGGAUAUAUUUUCAUUUGAUUUAAUGCCAAUUCCAGUUCACGUUAGGUGGUGUUCAUUGGAAGAAAGUAACACUAGAUCAAGUACCUGGACAAAGGAGACAGUAAAGGAUAUACCUCAACAAAUGAAUGGUUGUGACUGUGGAGUAUUUUCAUGUAUGUUUGCGGAGUACAUAUGUAGAGGAGCAAAAAUUAAUUUUAGUCAAAAUGAUAUGAAAUAUUUUAGGAGAAAAAUGUGUUUGGAAAUAGUCAAUGGAAAAUUACUAACUUAA